AUGGACAAAAUGGCAACUGUGUUAGCGGCUCUAGUCGUGAAAUCAUCUUCUAGCGGAACUCUGGUUGUAUCGGCAAUAGCAGGCUUGUCCACAUACCUGACAACAGUCCCUAUCUCAAUGGCAGGCGCCGAGCUGACACAGGACACCAACAACAGUUAUAUUGACAAUACAAAACGUCCCAGUUCCCAUGAGAACAAGAAUAAAACUAUCAACUUAACGGUCUCCGACGAGGAGCGCCAGCGAUAUUUGGAGGAGCUUCAGAGUGAAACAACGAUGACCAUGUUGCCAGCAAUAGUGUUUCUCCUCACCAUUGCUGUGGUGGGUUUAGUCGGGAACUCUCUGGUCAUUGUUGUGUACUCCCGCAGACCUCAGUGGACGGCAACUGGAGUCCUCGUCGCCACCAUUGCAGUGCUUGAUCUCAUAGCUAACACUAUCGCAAUACCUGCUGAAAUAUACGAUAUGUUUCACACAUGGACCUUCCACAACUCGCAUUUAUGCAGGGCUAGACUACAUGCCACGGUUUUCAUAACACUGAGUUCUGGCAUGAUUCUUGUAGCUGUGGCGGUGACAAGGUAUCGAAAGGUGUGUCAUCCAUUUCACUGGCAGGUAACGACACAGAACGCCAAAAUGAUCAGCUUUGUCGUAUGUUGCCUGGGGUUUCUGCUGUCUUUGCCCUAUGCUGUCGUCAGUGGGAGCCAGACUAAAGAUACACCACGUAGAGGCAUCGUUGGAUACCAGUGUGCACUUGAUGAUAAAUAUGUUAACACCUUUUACCCCGUGGCGAUCUAUGCAGUAUUCCUGUUGUUAUACGUUUUCUGCUCCCUGACCCUCACAGUACUGUAUAUUUUCAUAGGGGUAACUGCCUGUAGACAUAGUAACAUGUACGGUGUAUCCUCUCCUGGUACAUCCACAGUAACAAAUGCCACUAGUUGUAGAAACGAUUCAAACCCAACGGAGCAUUGUUUCGACCAAAAUAAUUGUAACAGUGCAAGAUGUGGACAUUGCUACGAAAACAAUAUAGACACGGUGAUUACUGGCCUGUCUGCUAUUGGAGGUACUAGACAUUUACAAAGUAUUGAAAUGAACCUGUUUCAGUCCAGUGACGACCAAUUUCAGUAUAAUGUAGGUGUUUUGAGAGAUCAAACAGAAGUCCUGAAUCCAUUGGCAAGUGAUUUCUACGGCACAUUAGAGAAGACAAAAAAUCCACUUAGUGUUGACUCCGCUUAUCGCCAACGGGAUGCAUCUCAUUUUCCAGACAACGAAGAAAACAUGCAGUUGGUUCAAGGCUCCGGGGAAAAUGUGAAAACUGGUAGAAUAACCAUAAAAAACAUUAAGUCAAGCCAGGACUUUGGUGAAGACAAGGAUAUCGACGCCACUAGAAUAACAAAAAAGAACAACCCCGAUAACAAAAUGAGUUCAGUUGAGUCUAGCGGUGAGGAUACUGAUUCAGACUGGAAGUUUACUGAAUGUUGUAUGGACCGACUGCUUGAUAAAAGAAACAGAUUAGAUACAGCACGGACAAACGAUGAGCUAAUGAAUACUAUCCGCCCAAGGCAAUUUUUAGAGAAAACUGGUUCAAAAAAUGACAACGUUUCUAAUCUGUACAAUAAAUUUAUGUUCCCUUAUGUUGUGGCAAACCUGUCAAAGGUACAAAUAAUUUUAUUCAAUCUUGGCAUGCGUACCUUCUUCCUCAACUCUGCGGUAAACCCCGUUGUUUACAGCCUGUGUGAUGUCAACUUUAGGCGAGAGUGUUUUAAGGUCAUUAAAUUUCAACAAAACAACGAGAUGUGA